AUGACUAUUUCUACAAUAGUUGAUAAUCUUAUAACACAAAUUGAUUCUAAUAUAAAUAUUCAUUCAAAUACAUCUAAAGAACAAGAAUUAUUAAAUAAAGAAAAACAAAAUGAUUUUAAAAUAACCAAACGUACAUUACGUUCACAUGCACGAGAAAAAAUAAAUUCAUUAAUAAAAUAUCAAAGUUCAAAUGAUAAUCGACGUGUAUCAAAUCGAAGACGAAUUUCAGAAAAAAAUUCAUCUUUUGAUAUAAAUGAAAAAUUACCAAGAAAAAAAACUAUAUCUGAACGUUCAUAUGAUCAAACAAUUGAACAUAAUCACAAUCGUACUAUAAUAAAUGGAGAUACACAUCUAAAUAGUAAUGAUGGAAAUUCUUCAAAUAAAAUAACAAUAAAUAUUAAACAAAUACAUAGUCAUUCAGAUAUUGAUUCUUUACCACCAAAUAAACGUCGAUUACGUGAACGAAAUUCUGCAAUAUUAAAUUCUACAGAUACAUCUACAACAAUAAAUUCUUCUUCAACAGAAGAAAAUAUUCCAUUAGAAUCAACAACACGAAAUAUACCAAUAAAUUGUAUUAAAAAAUUUCUUGCAAUUCGUCAACAGAUUGAAAAACGACAUGAAACAAUGCUUCAUGAAUUUGUUCAACCUAAAGUUCCGAAAGAUUUUGCUGAAACAUUAAUGGCAAAAACAAAUUAUUUAAUAGCUCCACCAUAUAAAUCUUUUUCAACAACAACACCAGCAUCACUUGGUAUUAAACGUCUUAAUCCACCAUUGGAUCUUGAUUCACAUUUAUCGGAUGUAUUUUGUCGACAAGAAGAUGAAAGAUAUAGAAUGAAAUUAAGACAUCAAGUUGAACGAGAUAAAUUAAUUUUAUCACAUGAACAAGAAGUUUUACGUUUAUAUGGCAAUGCUACACGUUUAUCAAUACAUCAAGAUAUACCAUUAAGUUAUUGUUCAUUACUUAAAGAUAAUGAAGUUUAUAAUAAUCCAAUAAUACAAGAACGUACAUCAGCAUUUAUUAAUAAUGACUAUACAAAUAUUGAAUUAGGUAAACGUGGUAAAAAUCGUUGGAAUGGACGUUCAUUUAUUAAAUGGCUUGAAGAUUCAAAUCUUAAAUAUAAACGACUUAGUUGUGAAAUCAAUCAAAGACAAGAUCUUGAAGCUAAUACACUUUAUUCUAUGCAACGUAUGGUUUGGAUAAAACAUUUACCAAAAGAAACAUCAUCAUCAGGACGAAUACAUUCUCUUCUAUCUGAACGUUAUUUACCUAAAGUUGAAAUUAAUACUAACUUUUGGACAGAAUGUGAAAUAAAUCCAAUCUAG